AACUGCUUUGUUUACAUCGAAAACAUGACACCGGAAAAUUUUCUGUACUGACAGUAAGCGAUUUUUAAGGCUUUCAUAAUUGCAGUCAACUUAUGCACAUACAAACUAGAUACGACACUUGAAAGUAAUACUUGUGAAAUGGCUGAGUGCGGCGAUGGACGGUUUGACUUUAGGAACUGGAUGGGAAACCUUCCGGUCGCCCUACAUGACACACCUAUCUCGGAAUUGGCUAUCCCUGGUUCACACAAUUCCUUCAGCUACAGUUUAGAUCCGAAAUCCGAGAUAGGUCCCGAUGCUGACUCGGCCGUGCGGCUUCUGGGAGGGAUUGGCGCGGCCAUUAUCUAUAAGUGGAGUGUGACCCAGGACUGUAGCUUCCGGGAUCAGCUGGUCGCCGGCGUCCGGUAUUUUGACCUCCGGGUGGCACCCCGGCGGACGACCGGGAAGUUCCACUUUCUCCACACGUUGUUUGGAAUCUCGGUCGAAGAUGGCGUUAGAGAAAUUUUCGAAUUCCUCAGAGAACAUGACAAAGAAGUAGUGAUUCUUGAUUUCAACCAUUUCUAUGACAUGUCUGAUGAGAAACACACUGAGCUUAUACAGAAGUUGAUAGAUAUAUGUGGAGAAAAGAUCUGCCUGUUUGUUGGUAUAGAAAACCUAACGCUUAGUACGAUGUGGGAGAAUGGUCUACAAGUCAUCGUCGUUUAUCAUAAUAAGAUGGCCGGAGACUGUUGCCAGCUAUGGCCAGGACACGAUUGUAUCCGCGCACCAUGGCCCAACACCCCGAGCGUCACCAAAAUGGUGGCUUACCUUGAGCAGACGACGUGCACGUGCAGGCCGGUGAUGUUCCAUGUGACCCAGUGUAUUCUUACAGCGGAUACAGGCUUCAUCAUGAGUCAUCUGACCGGAGGUGUCAAGGGGGACCUCGCCAAAAAGGCGAACCCUGCCGCCCUCGCUUGGUUAAAGACAAAGAAGAGAGGGCCACAAGGUGUUAAUAUUGUGAUUGCGGACUAUGUCCAGAUGGAUGACUUUACGAGAAAAGUUAUAGAAAUUAACUAUGUUUAGAAAACUAGUAUGUGCAAUUGAUUAUUAGACUUAAAAUAUCAAACCCUUAUUCCGAUAUAGGCCACUGUGUUAGUUGUCACACUUAUAAGAGGAUACCACUACAUGUAUUGACCAUGACCAAAACUUUAUAACAUAUCAUUGAUUUUUCAAACAUUUAUUCGCCUAUAUGUGUAUGUAUGUCGGAUUUUUUGUCGUCGGCGCUACACUUGAUUGUUCGAACUUGUAUAUUGGAUUUUAAAGGAUUUUGUUUUAA